AACGAUUGAUAUUUCGGUUCGCGGAACAGAACGACACUUAUUUCUACCAAAUUCUUUCGUUUAAUGUAAAAAUGCGUCGAAUAAGCCUGAUUUAAUUGAUUUUUAUAAGCUAUGGCUGCUAUACGACAUACUUUGCAAAGAGAAGUAUUUACUCUUAGCGAUGAAAAAUUACUCAGCGUAUGCUAUGUUAGUAAAGCUUACAAGAAAAAAAAGAUGAGUUUUCUAUGUCUGGCUAUGACAACAGAUACUCCAGGAUCUCUUAUAUUAUACCAAGUGAAGAAGAACGAUAAAAAUGUUUAUAAAAAGAAACAAUCAUGGUCUCUAAACGAUAUACAAAUCAUAGAUGGUGUGAAAAAUGAUUCAAUGGACAUAGAGAUGCAUAUUGACAAAGUUUACAAAUGGUCAUCCACUACUGUACAAGAAAGACGAACGUUUAUUAGUAAUUUAUAUACUUAUUCGUGUAGCUUAACUCAGAGGCCAGAAUUUAAAAAUAUUCCUAAAGAGUGGCUGAUUGAUCCAACCGCAUUGAAGGAAACUGAUAGUAUUACAUUUACACCUGAUCUUUUGGCAUCACCUAUUAGUUCAGAUUAUCAACCCAUUACUGAAAAGGAAGCUGUUGACUUAAAACAAAUGAUGGAAAAUUGUGAAUACGCUGUUUCCAACGCUGAGCUUUUUAUGGAAACUCUUUCAAAAAAUCUAUCUAUUCUUGAUGGGGAAAAUGUACAUUCAGUCUUAGCAUCAGAGCAGAGAGUAACACAACUGAUGAAUAGUAUAGACGCAGCAAUAAUCGAAGCUUCUAUCGUAGAAACGCGACUAGCGGCGUAUGAUGAAGCUUUAGGAAGAAUAAGAGAAGUUAUGGCUCGAGUUGGUCAAAAAAAUCAAGCUAUACAUACAGCGAAUAAUAAUGCUAGGCUUUUGUUGGAUAAGUUAAAUCUAGUAAUUUUGCAAUUAGAUAUUUCUGCAACGUACCAACGUACCUUGAAUGAAGCAGAACUUCCAGGCGAGAGAGAAGAGCUUGGCCUUGCUGGUGUAGCCCUCUUAAAAGCUAUCACAGCACCUCUUCCAUCGGGCUUAGACAAACUAAGUGCUGUUACUGAACAAAAAAGGCGAUUGGACAAACUUAAAGCAAAAUUCUCAGUCAUUGUUGCUAGACAUUUAAACAAUCUCUUUAUACACUUGGGUAACGAUAUUGGAGAUACAUCUACUUCUAUGACGGAUUUAAUAAUAUUACCGACGCAUCAAGGAGUUCAUAACGAGCUUGUACCAUAUACUGAAUUAAUGCAAUUAUUAAGAGCAUUAGACAAUAAAGCCUUUGUACAAUUAACUAAGGUCUAUACUGAUACUAUGAGCAAAUUGUACAAGAGAGAUCUGAAGCGCUUUUUCGAGGAAGCUAAAAAUAAGCUCAUUAGCAAACGUCUGCAAGUAAACACAUCGAGGUCUAGUGGUCAAAAGAAUGAAGAUUUACUUAAUCCGGCGCCUAUCUGUUUGCUGAGUGGUGAAAUAUGGACUCCAAUGGAUGAAGGGAAUCUUUUAGAUUCAGUCCUCAAUUGUGUACUUUCGCAGAUGCAGCCAGUAUGUCUCGCUGAACAAGGCUUUUGUGUCUCAUUUCUUCAAUUGGAUUCUGUUCUGUCGCCCUCCAAAAGUAGCGAGAUGGAAGAAAUAGAGAAUGUUAACAAUGGUGCAGCAAGUCCUGGAUCGGUAACUUCGACGACAAGCAAACGACUGGAGCGUCAAGUAAACGAAGAUGUUCGUGCGACUAUGGCCGCGAUAUUCCCGUCAUUGGAAACAGAAUUGAACAAUUUUAUCAGUUUCCUGGACAAAAUUGACAGCUUUUGGUGCAUGUACGUAUUAGUGCGUUUAUCACAGCAUGUCAUGUCCGCUCAAGAUACCGGCUCGUUUUUAUCGAUGACAUUUGCAUCCUCUUUGAUCCACGUAAAACGAGCGUUUGACAAAUUCAUGCAAGCGCAAUUACAAUCCAUAUUGUGCGAUACAAAAGUUAAUCGUCGACACAAAUGUGGUAUAUUACCAUAUAUAGAAAACUUUGGACCAUUUGCGAGAACCGCAGAGAAGAUUUUCCGCAAUUCUGAUAGAAAGGUUGAUCUCGAGAAAUGGUACACGAAGCUUGUGAGUACUAUGUUCGAGGCUAUUGUUAUUCACAGUCGAGAACAUCAUAAGACGCCUCAGGAAGUGAUAAAAAUGGAAAAUUUUCAUCAUCUCUAUGAUCUUCUCUCACAAUUAAAAAUUUCGAUUUUGGACCAUGAGCGAAAAGAAGCCAAGCAAAAAUAUCAAGACGCUCUUCGCGCUUAUGUUACGCAAUAUUUUGGACGACCUCUUGAAAAACUUAAUCUUUUUUUCGAAGGCGUACAAGCCAAGGUAGGCGCUGGUGUGAAAGAAUCUGAAGUCAGUUAUCAAAUGGCCUUUAGCAAGCAAGAAUUGCGACGCGUAGUGAAGGAAUAUCCGGCAAGAGAAGUUAAGAAAGGUCUGGAGAAUUUAUAUCGAAAAGUUGAAAAGCAUCUAUAUGAAGAGGAGAAUUUGUUACAAGUUGUUUGGCGCGAGAUGCAAAAUGAAUUUAUCGCGCAAUAUAGAAACAUUGAAGAACUAAUACAACGCUGUUAUCCAGACAGUAAUGUAACACUCGAGUUUACUAUACAGAAUAUUUUAGAAUUUUUCUCGGAAAUAGCGCGAUCUCAUUAAAUCAAAAUGGAUGCACUGGAUCUUAAAAUUAUCGGAUAUCCGGCGUCAAAUUAUUUUCGAAUAUACGAUAUUCGGUCGAAUAUCCAGUAGAAUAAUUAUUUAGCUGGAUACUUCCCUAUCAUGCUGAAUAUUUUUCCGGAUAUAUUGCCGGAUAUCUGGAAAAUGAUUUUCAAAAAGAAGAGCAGCAA